AUGCACCCAUCAGAAAGCCCCCACGAAGACCGGUAUCAAUCUCAAGACGACAACAAACCUCCAUCUCGUACCGCUUACCUUCUCGCUCUGUGCCUCCUCCCACUCCUCACAACCUCCCUAGCCCUCUGGGCCGUCCUCAACGCCUGGCACCUCCAACUCUCCCCCAACAUCCCUCACCAGCCACGAGCCCAGCACCACCAGCCCCUCCCAACCCAUCCCCACCGAUGGACAACCUGCGGCACCACCCCAGCCACCGCCCGCGCCCGCAACUGCCGCUUCGACAUCCUCAGCUUCGCCUGGCAAACCCCCGAAUGCUACGACGGUGAGCUGAUGACCGCCUUCCUGCAGCACCACCCGUGGCAGUUCUACGCGCACCCCAACCGCACCGACGCCGUCGUCAGCCUGGAGGUCGCGCUGCAGGGCGAGCAGACGCUGUACGUGGAUUGGGCGUAUCAUAUCGCGCAUUGUACGUUUAUGUGGCGCCAGAUGCAUCGCGCGUACAGGCUGCGGGGGUUUGUCGAUAGUCAUUUGGAUGCGUACGCGCAUACGCUGCAUUGUCAGCGGGUGUUGUUGGAGAGGGGGGUGCCUGGGGGGAGGGUGAAUGUCGUCGCGGCGGUGAAGUAUCCCGAGUGUAGGGAGGUUGGGGGGAGGGGGUGGAAGUUGGAGGGGGAGAAUUUCUCCGGUGAGGGAGGACAUAAUGGGAUUGAACCAUGCUCGCGAGAGCGUUCUGCUUAG